UGCAUUUUCAAUUAGCUUCUGAGUGAAUGCUUGGCAUAUGUGGAAGUGAGCUGGUACACAAUUAGCUUAUUGUUCCUUUCAGCUUUCUGCUGAGAGGAUCUGAAGGGCUGCUGAAGAGAGGGGAGAGGGGGGAAAAAAAGCAAAUAGCCAAGGCAGUGGCAUCUCUGUGGAUGUGGAGUACGGGAGCCGCUGGGCUGGCGCAGAUUGCCGGGCUAAGUCGGGAGUUGCAGCUGUUCCUGCCGAGCUCCCAGCCUGGCCGUGGCCACGGCGCGGGCACAGGCACAGACCCAGCCUCCAGCUCCAGCCUCUUCUCUCGUCUGUCUCACCUCAGCAUCACCAUGGAGCCCAACAGCCCCAAAAAAAUACAGUUUGCUGUGCCCCUCUUUCAGAGCCAGAUAGAUCCUGAGGCAGCUGAGCAGAUCAGGAAAAGAAGGCCCACGCCAGCAUCACUCGUCAUCAUGAAUGAGCACAUGCCCCCAGAAAAAGAUGACAAGAGAACAAAUAUCUCACAGGCAGAGUCGCAGAGUGCCUCUCCCAAGCAGAGGAAGCAGAGCGUCUUCACCCCACCUGCCCUCAAAGGGAUUAAGCAUCUGAAGAGUCAGAGCGACUCAGUGUUUCCAGAGGAAGAAGAGGGACUUGGUGAGCGGGAAGAGGAGUGGGGCCAUUAGCCCGCGCAGAGCUGCCCCAGCCCGCCCUGGAUCACCGCCCUGCCCUCGGAGCUCUGCAGGCACUGCACUCCUGUCCAGCCACCCUUCUUCCCGGAGACAAAACUGUUCUUUGAAAGUCUUUUUUUUCUUUUAUUUUCUAUGACUUAGAAAUGUAAUUUGCAAAUGUGUUAGCUCCCUGACGUCAGUACUGCCAGAGCUUUACUACUGCGUGUGAGCUGUAUCUAAGGCUUGUUGUAAAUAAAAGUGAUUUAAAAAGUACAAAAUAAAUAAUACACUAAUUUAGACAA